GAGCAAUGCUGGGACAUGGCCUCGCAGCAUCUGCCACCAACCUGCCACGCACUCUCCUGAGUCUAUGUCUAUGUGCACGCUUUAGAACGCUCAUGAUUUGCACGCCGUCAUAACCAUUCAUGUGGAUCUUUUCUCGGUACAAGGACUACACGCCCCUCUGGACAGACGUUGCAUCGCUCAAACAAGCUAACCGCGCACAUGCAUUGCGCAUCCUCGCCAUUCUCCUCGUCAUCUUGGUCUCUGUGUGGUACAAUGGGUAUUUAAUCGCAAAAUUAGCCAAGAAGUGGCCGACGCCUCUGGAUAAUUACCAACAACUUAAUCCUAAUCCGCUUUUGAACGAUGAGUUUUACCAGUCUUUCAAGUCCCCGACCCACGACGAGACCGCCGUGGUGACAUGCAUGUACACCGACUCGUACGCUACCGCCAUUGCGACGCUCGGGCACUCCCUCGACCGCGUGAACAGCACCGCGACCCGUCUCCUCUUCUACCUUCCCGAGCACGUCUCCUCCGAAGCACUCUGUAUCGCGACCGCGACUGGCUUUGUACCGCACCCGGUCUCGCGCAUCGCCCCGCCGCACAACGGCGAAGGCACGAACAAGCGCUUCCUCGACGCCUACUCCAAGCUGAACCUCUGGACGCUCAACGACGCGGGCUACAAGGCCGUCGUGCACCUCGACGCGGACACGCUCGUGCUGCGCAACUUCGACGAGCUCUUCGCGCUGCCCUACCGCUUCGGCGCGGUGCCCGACGUGUACGUCGGUUCGCACGGGUUCGCGCUCGAGUUUAACACCGGCGUCAUCUACGCGCGCCCGGACACGGCGGUCUUCCGGGACAUGAUGGAGAAGAUGCAGACGCUGUCGUACGACGAGAUCCAGGCCGACCAGGCGUUCCUGAACCAGUACUACGCGGCGUCCGCAGUCCGCCUGCCGUACGCGUACAAUGCGAACCUCGCGAUCAAGGUGCGCAAGCCGGCGAUGUGGGAGGACCUCUGGAAGCGCGCGCGGGUCGUGCACUACACGCUUGUGAAGCCGUUCCUCGCGGAGGCGGACAACUCGGGCGAGACGAUCGUGCCGAUGGAGGGCCUGGAGGAGAACAUCCGUGCGCGGAUGGGCGAGUUCGACGGGGUGUUUGAGGAGGAGCUCCUCGAGUGGCUGGGGCAGUGGAAGGAGACGUAUGCGAAGUAUGGGGAGAAGCUGAAAGAGUGCGAGGGGAAGGUGGGCGACGUUUAGGUUCUGCAGGACCGUAGUCCGCACCCCAGGCACGCUGUCGGGGUCGUGGAGCGAACUGUAUGAACAGAAGUCCAAUCGAACUUCGCGCAGGCAUGGCUCAAUGAUGAAGGUAGAGCGAGACGGACGCAUAUUGUCAGUGUGUGCACAUAUCCUUAUUGUUACGCAACCAUACACUGUAGUGACUACAUCGAGUACAGCUUGUAGAAUCCGCAUCUGUCAUAUGUUCGCUGUCAUCCCCAUUCAUUGCAGGUUCUGUCGGUCUGCUGCAAGUCUGCUGCUCGGUCAAUCCAUGGGAAGAGAAGACACAGCUGUUCUUCGGAGACCACGUGCUCGACGGUAGGUGAUUGGGCUCCUCGG